AUGCCGUCUUGUGUUUUUAAACAUUGUAAAAGUUGUUCCCAAAAACAAAGAAAAGAAGAUGGAGUAUCUUUCCACAGAUUGCCGACGGAUCUAGUACUACGCGAUGAAUGGGUUACUAUUAUUCGUCAAAGUAGGCAGGAUAAUAAUUGGAUGCCUUCAAAAUUUUGUGUUGUAUGCUCAUUGCAUUUUAAAGAGGAUGAUGUAUACUUUACCGAAAAAGGUCGUCGAUUGAUUAACAAAAGUGCAAAACCGACCAAAAAUUUAUGCGCGUUGCCGCCAUCACCGGAAAAACCAAGUUUGGACCAAGUUGGUCCUUCAAACUUACUCGAAGCUAGUCAACUACCCGAAAAAUCUAUUAAAGAUAAUUCUGUAUUACCUGAAUUUAGAGAUUCGGACCUGGACUCUAUAUUCGAUACACGUAGAAAAAGUCGAUUAAGAAAAGAUUUAAGAAAACAUAAGUUGUUGCGAGUUGCUACUAAACAUAAGUUAAAAACAUUACAACAAAAAAAUCGACGACUAAAAAAAACGAAUGAUUCACUAAAGAAUAUUUUAAAGGAUUUAAAAGAUAAAAACUUUAUAAAUUGCGACACUCAUAGCUUGUUAAAUGUGCCAGUUUUUAAUGACAUGAAAAAAAUGAUUGUUGGAUAUAUUGAUGGAUGUGUCAUACGGUACGUCAGAAAAGAAAUCAAAUGUGAAUCUUGCUUGACACAUUUGGUAUCUAUGGAAAAACAAGAUUUUCACAAAUUGAUUGGCUUGAGAGAUAGAGGAGGUUUAAUUUUUCCUUCCAUAGACACUUAUAAAGUUUGUACAGCGGUUGAAAUUGUAAUACGAAAAAUUUUAAAAGAAAACGUUGUAAUAAAAACAAAAAAUGAUUAUAGGCAUGUAACUUCACGGGUUCUAAAGAGUUUUAUUGGCAACCAAACGAUUUUUAUGAAUCUGGAGAAUGAUCAUCAAUGUUAUGGAGUUGAUCACAAAAUUAAUCUGGUAAAAUUAUUAAUAGAAAAGUAUUUAAUGGUUCGAUUGCACUAUAUAGCAAAAUUAGAAACGAAUGCUCGAUGUUUAGACGCUAAACGGCAAUAUUAUAAGAAAUUAGUGCAAAACAAAGGCUGUUAA